GUUUUUUUUCACAUAAUUUAAAAUUUGUAAUAAUACCCAAUUGAUGAUAACGCCAUAUCCAAACAACGAUUCAAGAUUUCAUUAUUUUAUUCUUAAAGUCUUCUCUUUUAUCUUCAAGAUCACCUUUUAUAAAAGCAAAUAAUUCACAAAUCAACCACCUUUCUCAUUUUUUUAAAAUUUUAUAUAGACUCUAGUUGUGUCGACAUUUAGGAAUUAUCCAAUUUUACACUCAAUCAUCUUUCCUUUCUUAACCGCAAUUCCUUUCACAGAAAUCCCAAUUUGUAUCAUACGUUUAAACUCCGAUUUCCAGAACACCCAUCUCAAAUUCUAACCUAAAAUCGUCUCCAAGUCCAAGAAAAUGGUGGUAACGGUGGCGGAGGAGAGGACUUCGAAGAGGUACACCGGCGGGUUUGUGGAUGAAAUGAGGUCUGUAGCGAUGAAAUUGCAUACUAAAGAUCAAGCGAAAGAUGGAGAAAAAGAAACGCAAGGAAAACCAUGGCGUAAAUGGGAGCCCACCAUUGAUGGGUAUUUGAAGUUCUUGGUGGAUAGUAAACUGGUUUACGAUACUCUUGACACGAUUCUUGAUAAAGCCGAUUUUCCUGAAUAUGCUGAAUUUAGGAACACUGGACUCGAAAGGGCGGGAAAUUUGGCGAUCGAUUUGGAAUGGUUUAAAGAACAAGGUCAUAUUGUUCCUGAACCUUUAUCACCUGGGAUCAAUUACUCGAUUUAUAUCGAAGAAUUAUCAAAGAAAGAUCCACAAGCGUUCAUCUGCCAUUUUUAUAACACCUACUUCGCACACACUGCCGGUGGUCGGAUGAUCGGAAGAAAGGUUGCUGCAAAGAUCUUGAAUGGGAAAGAACUGGAGUUCUAUAAAUGGGAUGGUGAUCUUCCCCAAUUAUUGCAGAACGUUAGGGAGAAAUUAAAUAGAGUUGCAGAGAAUUGGACAAGAGAGGAGAAGAAUCAUUGUCUUGAAGAAACUGAGAAAUCAUUCGAAUUCAAUGGCGAUAUUCUGCAUUUGAUCAUGGCAUGAUCAUGAAAGAAGCUUGAAAAUUUGUUGCUUUUAAUGAUCUUUGAUUCUCAUGUAAAAAGUGUACUUUCCAAAUGUUUUGUUGUAUAUAAUCUUUUUCUUGUAUCAACGCUUCUAAUAACUCAAAUAACCAAAAAAAUGUACGCCUUCAAUUUGUAAAUUUAUAAUAACCUUUUAUGUGUAAGUGGUUUCUUGGAUUGAACGUGUUAAUUUCAAG